UCUCUGGCUGUCAAGCCGGCGUUGGCGUGUGUACGACUGCGUUACUCGCUUUCAGUCGCGUUCUGGCAUUCAGCUAGUUUUCAUUCGCUUAAUAAACCGUUAUAUAUUAAAAUAUAAAUAAAUCAUUAAUAAUUUAUCAUUGUUUUGUUAAUAAUUAUAAACAAAUUAUCAUAAUACUUAUUUAACAAUUUAAAUUAAAACUUUUGUUGUUUUUAUUUUUUGACAUAUUGAGAAAUACAAGCUGAAAGAAAAGAAAAAAAAAUAAACAACGCCCGCCAUACUUGACGUAUGUCAAAUGCAGUUUUAUUCAACACAAACGAAUACGACGCAAAUGUCAAUGUAUCGUGUAUUAUUUAUCAUAAAAAAACGUGUAAAUUCAAGUGUCAAAAAUUAAUUUAAUAUACAAUUAAUUAAUAUUAAACUAAAUUAAUUAUAAUUUAUUGUGUUUUUUUUUUUUUUUUUUUUUUCGUUUAAAUUAUUUAAUAGUGUUUAUUAUUAUUUAUUAUAAAAUAUAUUAUUGUUUUUAUGAUAAAUUUUAUUGAGUUAUACAAGUGGGUGAAGGGAAAAAACAUUAUUGUUAAAAAAAAAAAAAAAAUAAUAUAAAUAAAUAAAAGUGACAGGAAAGUGGUGUUAUACACACGUGAGAUCAGCCGGUUUGCGUUUAUACACUCACUGUUUGUGUUUUGUGCGCAUAUUUAUUUGACGUUUGAUAUUCAAAAAAAAAAAAAAUAAUAAAUAAAUAUUAAUGAAAUAAAAUAAAUAAUUUUAUUAAUUAUAUAAAAAAAAAAAAAAUUACGGAAUAUUAUAUUUGCGUGGUUAUGUGUUAAUAAAAAGACAUUUUUUUGUUUUUUUUUUAAAUAUAAUUUUUUUUAUCUCAACAUUUUUUUUUUUUUUUUCGUUCGGUUGGACCUUUGGCGUGUUUAACCGUCAGUUUGCCGACACAGAGACUUUUAUAAGAGAGGAAUAGACCUUGUGAAAAAUAUCUUCAACAUAAAAUUCUUUGGUUUUAUACUGUGUCUGGGUUUUUCGACUACCUGGAUCUCCUCAUUUCGACGAAGGGUCCAACAGAUAUUUCGCCAAUAAACCGGACGUUAAUUUUCAUUGGUCUUCAAAGAAGGCCAAACAGUGAUUUCGUUUUUUUUUUGAUUAACAAUAAUAAUAAACAAUUAAAAUUGUGAAAAAUAAAUAAUAAAAAAAAAAAGAAGAAAUCAUGUUGCCACCAGCGUCAAUUCAUGUUGAACAACGAAUAGAGGAUGAUAGGACAGGUAUGAAGCAGCAUCAUUCACAUCAUCAUCUUUAUCAUUAUCAUUCGCAUCAUUUGGAUAAUCAACAUAUACAGUCCGUCACCGGCGGCAGAGACUCUAGAUACAGGCAGACAGUCCUGUCGCCAGUUAGUGAUAAUUUUCCAUCUUCAAGUGGUACAGAUGAGAGUGGAUCUGACACUGAAAAUGAUGGAAAACCUCGUAGAAAAUCUCUAUCUGAAAAAUUGAAUCCAAACUCCGAAGGAAUCCGCAGGCGUCGUGGAAAUUUACCUAAAGAGUCUGUAAAAAUUCUCAAAAAAUGGCUCUUUGAUCAUCGCUACAAUGCUUAUCCAACUGACAAUGAAAAAUUGCAACUCAGUAAAGCAGCAACAUUGACUACUCUACAAGUAUGCAACUGGUUUAUAAAUGCACGUCGUCGUGUAUUACCAGAAAUAAUACGUCGUGAUGGAAAUGAUCCAGUAAAAUAUACAAUUUCGAGAAGAGGAAAAAAAGUACCAGGUGGUAAUCCACCAUCAACUGAACUUGAUAAAACUGAAAACCCAAAAUGGGAUCCACUUGCUGACACUGAACCACAAGUAAAUAGACGUACACGUGGUUAUGAAGAAAAUAAUAUAUUGUACCGAAGUGAAGAAGAUAGUCCAAAUGAUUAUUAUGAAAGUUCACACAGUGAAGAAGAACGUACAAUUUCUUCACCAGCAACACCAGAAACAACAACAGCACCAGUGCCACCACCAGCACCAUCUCCAUGGCCAAGAACUGUUAUUGUUCAAGGCUUUCCACAGCCACAAAAUUCCUCAUCAAGUAACAUUAGUUGCAAUGAUACAUCAAACAAUUCAUCUCCUCAUGAUAUCGAAAUGGUUGAUGAUGAACAAAAUAAUAGAUGGAAUGCACCAAGAAGACAUUAUUCACCAUGUAUAGAACAUGAAAAUACAAUAAUAAUUAAAACAACAAGUUGGAUGUCUUAUGACGAUAUGGAUGAUGAAAAUUUUAGAAGUUUUCGUUUGUUAGUUGAAGCAGCAGUUGCUGUACAAGAAAAAGAAGAACGUGAAAGAAAAUUCUUGAUGGAAUCUUGUCAUUGUUAACACUAUUUAAUAUUUUUUUUUUCAUUAUUCUUUUUUUUAUUAUUAUUAUUAUUUCUUUUUCAUUUUUUUUUUACCAAUUUAUAUAUAAAACAGGAAAAAACAAAAAAAAAAACAAAAAUUAGAUAAUAAUUUUUAGUUCAUUUGUAUCAUGAUUAGCAAUAUUAUGAUAAUUUUUUUUUUCUUGUUAUUUUAUCAAUUUUAAAGUUCAAUUCAAAAACAUGAUUUACAAUCAUAAUUUUUUUUUCUUUUUUAUGUUGUUUAGAUUAGGAAAAACAAAAAAUUGUAUUUUUGCCAUAAGUUCUGAUAAAAAGUAUCAAUUAGAUAUUGGCUUUUAUCAGCGAAAAAAAUUAUUGAACGAUUGAUGAAAAAAUAUUGUGAAAAAUCAUCACAAUUAUUAUAUUAUUUUUCCAAUUAUAAUUGGAGCUCAUGAUUAAUUGACACGUUUAUGUCUGAGCAAAUAAUUGAAUAAUCAUUAUUGUAUUACAAUUGUGCCUUAAUGUGUCAAUUAGAAAUUAAUUCAUGAUGAUUAUUUAUUGAUUAAUAAUCUUUAUCAUCGUCGUAUCAUAAGAUUGAAUGAAUAAUCUUUAGUAUUUAAACAUGUAUGAAAGUAAAUUAUAAGUUUUUUGUGUGUGAAAAUAAUGAUGCAUUUUUUUUUUUUCUCUUUUUUUUUCUCUCCCAUUAGUUUUUAUACUUGAGUGUAUGAAAUUAUUGUAGUUUUAAUUAAAAUCCUACAUGGAAAAUUAACUAUUAAAAUUUCAAAUUGAUUAGAUUUAUAAAUUUAUUCAUUAACGUUAUUUAGUAAGUAGACGAUAAUUGUUUUUCUUGUUCUUUCAUUUAAUUCAUAAUAAUUAUUUUUUUUUUUUUCCUUCAAUUAAUUGAUAUUUAAAUUUAUUUAUUUAUUUUUUUUUUUUUCGUUCCACAUUCUUCAACGUCAUCUUCGCGUUAUUUAAAAAAAAAAAAAAUGAAAGACAUUUUGUUGAUUUUAAAAGUAAAAAAAAUCAAAUUUAAUUAUUAAUAAUUUUUUAUGCAGGACAGAUGAAAAAAAAAUUUUAUAUUUUUUGUUUAUAAUUAUUUUCCAUUCGUGUUGGGAAAGAAAAAAAAAAAAAUUUAUAUACAAACGAUAGUGUUUUAGUUUGUUCAAUAGAAUUUACAAUUAUUUUUUUUUUCUUUUCGAAUAAUAUCCCACCGAAAUACUUGUGAAUCUCGCGAAGAUUGAUCAGGGAGAAAUACACACCUUCAAGAUACAAUGCUCAAAACAAAUAAUUCAUCUUCCUCGUAUCUUUUUUUUCAUAAAUAAUAUAUAUAUAUAUAUAUAUGUUUUUUUUUAAUUUUUUAAAAAUAUAUUUAAAAACAAAAUUACAUUAAAGCUAAAAAUAAAAGCUCAAUAAUUAAUUUAUUGCUGCUAAUUUGUUGUUUUUUUUUUUCAUACAAAAGUUAUAAAAUGAUUUGAAAAAAAAACCUGUUAAACGUUAUUAAAACAAAAAAAAAAAAAUAAAAAAAAUAUUUAUAUAUAGAUUUAUCAUGAAAAGAUUGGUACAAACGCCAAAGACUUAAAUAGUAGUAACUAAAAUAAUUAAUUUGUGCGAAUUUUGUCAGUUGACACCAUGUUAAAGAUUGAAUGAUAAAUGAAAAAAUGAGAGAGAGAGUGGAUUGAGUGUUUUUUUUUUUUUAUAUAAACACACAAACAUACUGAUAACAGUUGCAAAUCAUUAUUAUUAUUUUUUACUUUUGUUUAUUGAAAACAAGUGAUUUUCAAUAAUUUAAAAUUCAAAAAUAAGAAAAAACAUUACUGAAUGUACAAAUAACUAUUCAAAUUAAUUUUAUUUUAAGUUUAAUGUAAAUUAUUAUUAAGAAAACCUUUUUUUUUUUUGUUAAUACUGUUUGCGUUUUUUAUCGCUUGAUGUUCGAUAAAUUGAUUAUCAAAAAGAAUAUGAGAAAAAAAAAAAAACUAUCAAGUUUAUCAGGUGCUGGAAUAUUUCCUUUAUUCUAUUGCAAAAUUUAAUAAAUAAAUAACUGAACAAAACAGAACAGAAGCCAAAGGAAUUGUAGAAAUUCAAUCAGCAUUUUUUUUUUUUUUUUUUUAUAUUUUAAAUGUAGUUAUCUGUUUCAACAGUUGUAUGAAUAUCAAUUAAUUCUUGAUACCUGAUAACACUGAAUGUUAAAAAAAUAAAAAAACAUAAAAAUUUUCAAAGCCGUUUUUACUUAAGUUAUAUAAAAAUAUUUGAUAAUAAAAGAUUAAUAAUUAUAUUAAAAAAAUAAAAUUUAAAAAUUGGUUUUUUUUUGCAAUUAUUGCAUUAUUUAAAUAUUUUUUUUUUUCUAUUUUAAAUAUUUUUUAUUUGAAAAAAUAAGAGUGAUAAUUUUUUUUUAAUCAUCUCUGAAUUGUUUAUUGGCCAAGUUUAAAUUUUUCGAUAUUGUUAACUAUUUGGUAGUCGAUAAAUAUUAAUAUUUACAGCUCAAAAUAUUAAUAAACAAAAAAAAAUAUAUAAAAAUUAUAAAGAUUGUACAAAAACAGGAAAAAUUGAGAUAAAGAAAAAUUUUUAGAAAGAUACAAUGGAAGUUAUUAAAAUGUAAACCAGUAAUCACUGCCAUUAUCCAAUAAGUGUCUUAAACAAUUAUUUCCAAUAAGUCAUGUUUUUAUAAUAUUUCCUAUAAUUAUUAUUUAACAAAAAAAGAUGAAAUAUCAUUUUCCAAAUUCUUAAAAUAAAAACAAAAUUAAUUCUCAGUCUGAAAUGUACAUAAAAUAAUUUUGUUUACCUCAAUUUAACCUGGUAGAAAAAUAUAUAUUUCUAAUAAAAAAAAAAAUAAAAACAAUUGAGACUAAAAGAAAAAUAAAAUUAAAAAAUACAAUUUUAUGAAUUAUUAAAAUAAGGGUGCCUUUGUUAAUAAUUGUCCAAUAUUUAAGGACACUUAAAUUUAUAAAUUUAAAUAAAUUAAUUAUUUAAAUAAUAAUAAUGAAUUUAAAUUAAAUAAAUUUGCAUUAAAAUAUAUACCAUCUGUCAUAAAUCAUUAAUGUAAAAUUUUCAAACUUCAAAAAACGUAAUUAAUAUUUUUAAAAAAAUGUUAAAAAUUUUAAGACUACAUGUGUAUCAUCAGUAUAUUUUAAGUAUAUUAAAUUAAGUAAAUGGAUAUUACGAGCAAUUUACCGAAAAAAAUGCUCUUGAUUUAAAAAAAAAAUUAAAUUUAAAUAAAAAAACAAUGAAAAUCAAUUUAUCAAUGCAAUUUAGACUCUAUUUUUUUUACGAAAAGAAUUUUUCUUUUUUUCUUAUAUAAAAACAAAAAUUAAAAAAAAAUAGUUAUAAUAUUAAUAAUUAAAAAUAGAGUGUUUAUCGUUGAGAGAUUUAAAAAAAAUGCUUCUAAAAAAUAAUAUAUAUAUUAAUAAAACAGUCGAGUCUAUUUAUCUGCGAUAGAUAAUAAUUUUAUACAUGGUAUUUUAUAUCACAUCCUUUAAAAUAAAGAUUCAGAUGUUCCCAGAGAGCAAUGUGUCAUAGUUGACGGAGGAAAAAAAAAUAUGUAUAUUUAAAGCAGAUCGUAAAUAUAAAAAUAAAAGAAAAAAAAAUAAACACACAAAUGAGUAAGAGAUUGCGUUUUGACGCAUAGAUAAAAAUGCGCUCAACUUUCAACGAAAAAAAAAAAAUUAAAAAAAAACAACUUAUUUAGUUACUAGAAUAUAUACGAUAAUGGCAAGUUUUAAAUUUCCAAAAUGUAUGAAUAGACAAUAAUUAUAAACAUUGCUUAUUAUUAUAAAAAAAAAAAAAUGAAAAAAAAAAUUUUUUAUUUUUGAAUGUACAGGUGCCAUACGAGUGAAACAUACAAUCACAAUUUAUUAACGAGUGAUAAUUAAAGAAAAUUUGAAAAAAAACAUUUAAAAAAAAAAAAUAAAUAAAUAAAACCAUAU